UAAGUGCCCCCACUGGGAGCUGUCCAGAAAGCAGUUUAGGAAGCUGGCAAACGGCCAGCAAGAGUCACAAGACUUGUCAAGCCGGCAGCGGCUUCCGGAGGAGGACUCUGGACAGAACAGCGGUCCCACAGGUUGAUUGGGAGGACUCCACUGGGGCAUGGCUGCGUUGGCUCAGAUUUGACUUUAAGCGGGAACAGCGGGCUGUGUGGAAUCUCUCCGGGAGGCGGAAGCUCGCGCAAAGGCUGCACCCUAGGGAAAGGGGGAUCGGGAGACCGGGGCUUGCUCCGGCCUGGCGUGCACUGUCAGCAAGGCAGGAGACCGUGAUCUGGGAGCAGUGGGAGACUGAUCCUACUGGAAUUGAGUGCUGGCUGCGUAGACAGGACACAGGGCCCUGCAGAAUCCAGUGAGCAGGGAGCCACCGCUGGAGGAAGCGAAAGAACCAGAGAAUUACAGAUUGGACUUCCCGGAACUCAGGGUAUGGAUAAAGUGGAACAGAUCAUCUUCUUAGGCAACCGCAUCUAUAAACAGUGUGAAAAGAUGAAAUACUGCCAGAAACAGUGCCAGCGUCUAGGGGAACGUGUGCGUGUCUUGCUACAGCUUCUCCAGAGGCUCCAAGCCCAAGGAAACAAGAACCUGCUGGAUGAUAAAACUGGUAUCCUGGGCCGUUUUGAGGAUGUCCUAAAGGAGGUUUGGGAGCAGACAGAAAAGUUCAGCAGUAAGUCCAAUAUUUGGAAGUUUAUAACUGCGGGCAGUGAGAAGAUACUCUUCCAUGAGGUGAAUGAGAAGCUGAGAGAUGUCUGGGAGGAGCUCUUGAUGCUGCUUCAGGUUGAUCAGUGCAGCAAGCAAGCAUCCUGGCAGCAGGAAGAUCGUCAGGAUGCAGAGGAAGACCGAAAUGAAAGUAUGCAAGAUCUCCUGAUGCAGUUGAAAAUUGACAUGGAAGAAAUCAAGGAAACUCUGAAGCAAUGCUCACUAAAACCCAGGCGGGAGAUCCCACAGGAACAAAUCAAGGAGAUUAAGAAGGAGCAUCUUGGAGCUCCAUGGACCUUACUGAAGGAAAAUAAACUCAGCAAGCUUUACAGAGGAGAGUAUCACAAAUCUCCAGUCACCAUCAAAGUAUUUAACAACCCCCAGGCCGGAAGUGUUCAAAUAGUGAGGGACACUUUCAACAAUGAGAUCAGAACCAUGAAGAAAUUUGACUCUCCCAACAUCUUGCGUAUAUUUGGGAUUUGCAUCGAUGAAACAGUGGAGCCCCCCGAAUUCUCCAUUGUCAUGGAGUACUGUGAACUUGGGACGCUGAGGGAACUGCUGGAUAAAGAAAAGGAGCUCACAAUGAGCGUGCGCAUUCUCCUAGUCCUGGGGGCAGCCAAAGGCUUGUACAGGCUACACCACUCGGAAACACCUCGUCUCCACAGAAACAUCAGCAGCUCCAGCUUCCUGGUAGCUGGAGGCUACCAAGUAAAGCUUGCAGGAUUUGAAUUAAGCAAAACACAGACUUCCAUCAGUCGGAAGACAAAGAGCACUAAGGCAGAGAGAUUCAGUUCGACAGCAUAUGUCUCCCCUCAGAGACUGAAAGACGUGUAUUGCGUGUAUGACCAAAAGGCGGAGAUAUAUAGUUUUGGAAUUGUGCUCUGGGAAAUUGCUACUGGAAAGAUCCCAUUUGAAGGCUGUGAUUCUAAGAUGAUCUACGAGCUGGUAGCUGAGGGCCGGAAGCAGGAGCCAGUGGGUGAAGAUUGCCCCGAGUUGCUGCAGAAGAUCAUUGAUGAAUGCCGGGCCCAUGAGCCCUCUAAACGGCCCUUUGUGGAUGGAAUCUUGGAGAGACUUGCUGCAUUUAACUGAGUUGUAUAUGCAAACCUAAACCAAAAACUCCUGGGACAAGAAGCUGGAAGAGGGGCAAACUGGGUGUCUGUCUUUCAUAUCUGUUAACAUCAAGUUAUUGCUGGGUGCAAAUUUUUUUUCUUUUCUUUCUUUCUUUUUUUAAGAUGGGUUCUCUUCAUGUAGCUCCUGCUAGCCUGGAACUUGCUAUGUAGAAUAGACUUGCUAUGCAAAUAAAAUAGGGCUCAAACUUAAAGCAAUUUCCCAGUUUUGCCUUCCAAAUGCUGGGAUUAAGGGACUAGCCCACCACACCUGGCAAAGUUCUUAUUUAUUACAGAUAGAAAACAAUUUCAUUGGGGAUGGAUAGAUGGCUUAUUGGUUAAGAACACUGGCUGCUCUUCCAGAGGACCCAGGUUCAAUUCCUAUCAGCAACAUGGCAGCUCACAACUAUCUGUAAUUUCUGUUCCAGGGGGUCCAACACCUUCAUACACAUGUGGGCAAAACACCAAAUGUGCAUAAAAUAAAAACAAAUUAUGCAGUAAAAGAUAUUUUAAAAAGUGAACAAUUCCAGUCCAGUAUGGUGGUACAUGCCUUUAAUCUCAGCAUUUGGAAAGCACAGGCAUGCUGGUGUGCUUUUUUAAAAAAACUCUUUUUAUUUACACUAUUACUAUCUCUUUCUCCCUACUCCUACCCCAACAUCAGGUAGGAGAGAGAAAGGGUUAGGGGGAGAGGGGGUGCUGUUUUCUUAGCUGCUUCCUGCUGGUCAGGGUCAUCAGGUUCCUUCGAGCCAGUCCAAUCCUCAUUUCAGAGAUCUCCAACUUUUGUCUUGCAAAAGCACCCAGGAGCAGCAAGGAGGAAGUAGGAGCAGCCUUGUUCUUUCUUGGUGCCUCAAUAUUCUCUGGACUCUGGCAUUUAUUCUCUCUCCAGAAUCCUCAGAUAUAAACUAUCUGUAGCUGGUGAAGAGGCAAAUAGUCUGCUGCUGUGGACCAUCUGAAUCAGUCCCACAUUCCACACCUGGGAUUAAAACAAAACUGUGUUUAUAGCCACAAUAGAGGCAGGCAGAUCUCUGAGGCCAGCCUGAUCUAUAUAGCAAAUUCCAGGACAUCAAGGACUACAUAAUGAGACUUGUCUCCAAAACAACAACAAAAAGACCCAACGCCAACCAUGAAGAACUCCCAGGAAAUGUAAAAUAUAUUUUUAACACUAACUGCAGAUUAUUUGCAAAACUUGGCAAAUGGUUUUGUGUCCACAUCUCUUUUUGUGAUUUGACAGCUCCUAUCAAGAAAUGGUUUCUGUUUCUCCAGCAUUGGAGUCUGAGCUGGCAAUGAUGGCUUGAUUAUGUGGAAGAAGUAACAGUGGACCACCGCCAAGCCUAGGCUCCAAAAGCCUUUAAAAUGUUUAAUCCCCUUCUUAAAGCAGUGCCCUUCCAUGAGCAAGGUCGGUAGGCAUGUUGGAAGAUGAGGAUCUACACGGAACAGAGGCAAAAGGUUCCAUCUGAGUUCAUGCUAGGCCAGCGAGCCUGGCAAUUGAUCCAAUUGCAUGAGUGAGCCCAGUUAAGACUAAAGAACUACCCGGCUGAGCCCACCCCACUACCGAGUCACAAAAACAUGAGCUCAAUAAAUAUAUUCCUGUCUUAA